UUAAAAUGCGAUUUUAACUACCUUGGUACAUGGCGGUUAAUGCUGCUUCCAUACUCAACCGCCUUGGCUCCAACAAAAGCAGCAAGCGCGGAAUCCAACCCACCACCGUCAAUUCCCUGACCAAAACGAUCCUAUCUCAUAUUUCAGCUGGUCGCCUGCAGAAGGCCGUGUCAGUUCUCUUUGCAUCCCCAUUUCCCGUUCCUCAUUCGCUCUAUGCACAUCUCUUCCAACUUUGUUCUUCGAAUCAUGCCAUCGUUGAUGCCCGGAAGGUCGAAUCCCAUUUAGUAACACACGACCCCAUUCCACCGGUCUUCCUCUUGAACCGAGCCAUUGAGACAUAUGGUAAAUGCGGAUGCUUGGAAGACGCGAGGCAGAUGUUUGAGGAAAUGCCUCACAGAGAUGGAGGUUCUUGGAAUGCGAUUGUUACAGCAUACACGCAAGGUGGGUGUGCGGAAGAGGCGUUGUCUAUGUUUUUGAAGAUGAACAAGUCUGGCAUUUUUGCUAAUGAGGUUACGUUUGCGAGUGUUUUGGGUUCUUGUGGUAUGUUGUUGGAUCUGUGGCUUGCGAGGCAAGUUCAUGUACAUAUUUUGAAGUAUGGAUUUUGUGGAAAUGUGAUUUUGAGGACUUCUCUGGUGGAUGUGUAUGGGAAGCGUGGGGUUAUGAGUGAUGCAAGGAGGAUGUUUGAUGAGAUUGAAAAUCCAAAUUCUGUUUCUUGGAAUGUGAUUGUGAGAAGAUACUUUGAGAUGGAUGAGGGAAAAGAAGCAAUUUUUAUGUUUUCUAAGAUGUUUGGGACUGAUGUCAAACCCAUGAAUUCUACUUUCUCUACCGCGCUUGUCGCAUGCUCUAAUAUGUUUGCACUCAAGGAGGGGAUUCAAAUUCAUGGACUAGCAAUAAAGAUUAAUUUCGAUGAGGAAGAGGUGGUUUCAAGCUCCCUUAUUAAUAUGUAUGUCAAGUGUGGAAAAUUGGAGGAGGCGCGUAGGAUUUUUGACCAACCUGAUUGCAGAAAUGUGAUUUCUGGGACUUCAGUCCUGCUGGGGUAUGCGAUGAGUGGAAGAACUAGAGAGGCACGACAGUUCUUUGAUGAAAUGCCUGAAAAGAAUGUGAUUACUUGGAAUGCAAUGCUGGAAGGAUACAUGCAUGUUCUUCAAUGGGAAGAGGCUCUAGAUUUUGUGUUGUUAAUGCUUAAAAAAAGUAAAGAAAUUGAUCAUGUCACUCUUCGUUUAAUCCUUAAUGUGUGUGCUGGGGUUCUGGAUGUUGAAAUGGGGAAACAGAUUCAUGGCUUUGUUUACCGCCAUGGUUUCUACUUCGAUACAUAUAUUGGCAAUGCUCUUAUUGACAUGUAUGGAAAAUGUGGAAACUUGAGAAGUGCCAGGUGUUGGUUCUACCAAAUGAGUCAAUGGCGGGAUAAAGUUUCUUGGAAUUCUUUAUUAACUAGCUAUGCUCGUCAUGGAUUGAGUGAGCAAGCUAUGACCAUUUUCUCAGAGAUGCAGUGGGAGGCUAAACCAAGCAAGUAUACAUUUGCAACCCUUUUGGCAGCUUGUGCAAACAUUUUUGCAUUUGAACAAGGUAAACAAAUUCACGGGUUCAUGACUAGAAAUGGUUACGAGAUAGAUAUUGUUGUUGUGGGAGCCUUGGUUGACAUGUACUCCAAGUGCCGAUGUCUUGAUUACGCUAUUAAGAUUUUUAAACAGGCAGAUACACGGGAUGUUGUUCUUUGGAACUCCAUGGUUUUUGGAUGUUGUCAUAGCGGAAGGGGUAGAGAUGUUCUAGAAUUGUUUGAAUUGAUGGAGAAGGAUCGGAUUAAGCCAGACCAUCUCACCUUUCAUGCCAUAUUACUUGCUUGUAUAUAUGAAGGUGAUGUGGAGUUAGGUAGGCUGUAUUUUGAUUCUAUGAGCAGUGUAUACCAUAUUAUACCUCGAUUGGAGCACUAUGAGUGCAUAAUCGAACUCUACAGUAGAUAUGGGCGAAUAAAUGAGCUUGAGAGCUUUGUUGAGGGUAUGCCAUUUGAGCCUACAGUCCCUAUGUUGACCAGAGUGUUUGACGCAUGUAAAGAGUUCGGGCACUCGAGAUUAGGGGAAUGGGCUGCAACAAGACUAAUGGGUUGACUCCUCGAAUUCCUUUCUGUAUUGAAACUAAAGAGAGAAUCAAUGUGGGCAAGAAAGGAUAGCGAGGUGAAUUUUCUCUAGCAAAAGUUCUUGAAGAGCUACGUGGGGUUUAGCAUCCCCUGACAGAAAUGUAAAUACAUGCACCAGAUUUGUGCACCUUAGAAAGGAUCUAAGGUUUUAUCUUGCACAAAUACCAUGCAAACUUGCUAUAAUUCAAGAUAGCUCGUCUUUGGAAGUCUUGAGGUCUCAUUCUUUCAGAUGAAGUAGAUGCUGUACAACAGAGAAAUUUUUAUUCCAUGUCCAAGCCUGUACCGUUGAUGAAUUCUGAAGGUAUUGAAACCAUUCAGCAGUCUGUUAUCUCUUGUCAAAGCUACUCAGCAUCCAUUGAUUCCCGCAAAGCUCGGAGAUGCUCAAAGGGAAUGCAAUACCUGAUUGCCUUCACACACGUACAGCUCUCUGGAGCAUAGCUUUUCCUUGGAUUUUGGUUCAUCCUCAAAGAAAGACAUAUCAGCGACGCAUCUGGUAACCCGGUGGACAAGAAAACUAUUGAAGCACCAAGUUGAGAAAUUGGCCACACAAUGACUGUUCAUGUGAAGAAAUCACCAGGUACACAGGCCAAGACAAACGAGGUUAGUGGUUUGGCCAAACGUUCUUAUUCUUUGGAAACUUGUUGGAAAGGUUCAAGCCUGAAAUUCUGUCAAUGAGAAUAUGAGUAGCAAGGACAUUUGCAUAGGAUAAUUAAUAAGCCCCCCAUGCUCAGCUGACAAAAACAUGUGCUGGUAUGCUGGGGUUGUAAUUGCAUGCUCGGUGUAAGAACAUGAAAGUAAAAUAUAAAUUUGAACUUUCAACUGUUGCAUCA